AUUAGACAAUUUGGAUUCGCAGAGACAACGUAUCGAUGGAUGACUGAGAAGGGGAGAGAUGUGAAACAACACCUUCCCCAGACAUGGUUUAUAAACCGUUCCUCGUAGCACGCUGGCUAGAGUUUUACAAAUGUGCUUGCCCUUUCGUUGAUUGUCUUCUCGCCGAUCUUCUAUCAUCGCCACCUGACUUUGCAAGGUGUUUGGCCCUUGAACUGCACUGGCAUUCACAAGGGUUACAAGCCAUUUCGCAACGCAAACAUGCAGAACUCGCGGGACUUUGAAGCUGUUCGCAACGAUAUCACGAAGAUCCUGCGGAAGCCCGAGUACGAUGAUGGUAGCAUAGGCCCCGUCCUCGUCCGUUUGGCAUGGCAUGCCUCCGGUACUUAUGACAAGGAGACAGACACCGGUGGCUCCAAUGGAGCUGGUAUGCGCUACGAGGAAGAAGGUGGGGACCCUGCGAACGCCGGCCUUCAGCACGCGCGCGUCUUUCUCGAAGCGAUCAAGGAAAAGCACAGCUGGAUUACUUACUCUGAUCUGUGGACACUGGCUGGCGUGGUGGCAAUCGAGCAGAUGGGAGGGCCCAAGAUCCCCUGGAAGCCGGGCCGCUCUGACUUUGCGAAUGACUCGCUACUUCCGCCGCGCGGCAGGCUGCCAGACGCAGCGCAAGGCUCUGACCACCUGCGAUGGGUGUUUUACAAAAUGAACAUGAAUGACCAGGAGAUCGUCGCGCUGUCCGGCGCGCACUCGCUCGGGCGAUGCCACAGCGACCGCUCCGGCUUCGAGGGACCGUGGGUACCGAACCCGACGCGCUUCUCGAACCAGUACUACAAGCUGCUGCUCAAGCUCAAGUGGCAGCCCAAAAAUUGGAAGGGACGCCAGGGAAUGCCGUUCCAGUGGGCCGCCAAGGCGCCUGGUGUAGGGGAUGAUGGGGAGGAGCUGAUGAUGCUGCCGACGGAUAUGGCGCUGAUCCAGGACCCGAGCUUCCGACCAUGGGUGGAGAAGUACGCAACGGACAAAGAUCUGUUCUUCGACCACUUCACCAAGGCCUUUGCUAAGCUGAUCGAGCUCGGCGUCUACCGCAAUGAGCAGGGUAUCGCCACGUUCGACCAUCUCAACAACAGCGGCGGCAUGGCCGAGUACAAGAGCGCGCCGCAGAAGAGCAUGCGCCCCGGCGCGUCGGAUUCCGGCAAGGAUGGUGUGCAGAUAUCGCGGGCCAGACUCUAAUCGCGCAAGGAAUACAGGACCCUCGCAGAAAAUGCCACCUUUGCGUGUUCUUGUCUACUCAGCAACCUAUACACCACCUCGUUUGGCUCAAUCGACCGGAAGGAACGAGAAGGAAGCCUGUGUUAAUUGAAUCUUUCUGAUAACUAGAUAUGUACUUAAACCGCAACCACUUCAAUCGCAACCCUAGAGAACCGC